AAUACACGCUCCACGCUCUCUCUUUCCUGGCAACAAUCACACUUUCCUGUUGGAUGCAUUCCUAUCACAUUUAAGGUCUUAUUCAACCUGAUGUGUCCCACCAUUAGUCUUGUAAAAAUAGCCUCCUCUCUUCUGUCCCUUCCUGCUGUCCUCCCCUCCCCUACUUUACUCUGUACUUGAAAUAAAUGCCUGCCCUUAGUAUCUCUAUUCCAUACAGUUCUAAGUCUGAUGUCUGGGCACUGGGAUGCUUGUUGUAUGAGAUCUGUUCUCUCAGACCGCCAUUCUGCUCUGUAAGAUCAGAGGAGGAGAGUGCAGCCCUGUUCCCCAGACCUACUCAGACAGCAUCACCUCUCUGGUCCCUCUCUGGUCUUCCUGCCACCCAGGACCUCUAUACCAGGCGGUGCCAGAAGAAGGCCCCCAAAAAUGGUGAAAGACUCCAGUCACCCAAGUCAUAGACUGUUCUCUCUGCUACCGCACAGCAAGUGGUACCGGAGCGCCAACUCUAGGUCCAAAAGGCUCCUUAACAGCUUCUACCCCCAAGCUAUUAGACUGCUGAACAAUGAAUCAAAUGGCCUCCCGGACUAUUUACAUCGACAUCCCCCUUUUGUUUUUACCCUGCUGCUACUCGCUGUUUAUUAUCUUUGUAUAGUCACUUCACCCCUACCUACAUGUAGAAAUGACCUCAACUAACCUGUUAUCACACACAUUGACUCGGUACCAGUACCUCCUGGAUAUAGCCUCAUUAUUGUUAUUUUAUUGUGUUAUUUUUAUAUAUUUUUUAACUUUAGUUUAUUGAGUAAAUAUUUUUAACUCGAUUUUCUUUAAAUUGCAUUGUUGGUUUAAGGACUUCUAAGUAAGCAAUUCACUGUUGUAUUCGAUGCAUGUGACAAAUACAAUUUGAUUUGAAAAUAAUAGAGAAGCUAUAUUGCUGUACCUUGAAGUGUGAACAUCUGUAGGUAAGAUAAGGGGAACACCCUCCUUCAAAAUACCUUUGUUUUCCUAUGCAUCAUUGAGAUCUGUUCACAUGGCGAGGAGAGCACAUUCAGCAACACGUGGAGGACAAUAGAAUGACAUAAGUGUGUUUCUUACAGAUGCACACACACACACUAGCAUGCAAGCAAAGAUGUUUGGUGGAAAAGUUCUGUAGUAGAGACGAGAUGGACAGGAUGAGACAUACUCACAACUCUCUUGUCUGAGUCAUGAGAAAACUAAGGAUGGCUUCCAAUCAUCACACGAUCUGACAUCAGAAAUACCCCCUCCUCCACCUCCCCCAGGUUCUGUACCUCCCCACUCAUCUCUCUGCCCUCACACUGAUGGUGUGGAGACAUAGGUAACUGUUUGUUGACUGGAACUUAUGGCACCUUUCAGAUUCCAACGACUUUUAUCACCAAGUCAUCAGACGUAAUAGGAACAAUGCUACGUUUAGACAUCUGGCUUUAAACUCAACAUCAUCUCAGCACCCAGAAGAACCAAAUCAGCUACUUACAUGUGAUGUUAAACAUUCAAUGAUGAAUGAAUUCAAUGACGUCAGCCAUUGUCACAGAAAUCAUGUGGUGAACAUACCAACAUAUUGGGGCAUACUCCAUUCAGAUAAUAUUGUAUUGUAAUGAAUCUGUUUUCUUUUUAUGACCCCUAGCUAGAGAAUGGCCUUUUGGUUUGAGGGAGGGUGAGAGUUCUCUCUAGGGGUGAGGAAAACCCUGUACAAACUACAACACUACCAUAGUGGAUUUAGAAAAGGCAUUUGAUAAAGCGUGACUGGAAUUUAUAUAUAAAUGCCUGGAUUUGUUAAACAUUUCUGUGAGUCUCUUAGUCAAUAGGUUAAAGUAAUGUAUAGCAACCCCAGGUGAAAAUAGUAAAUAAUGGCUACUUCUCAGGGAGUUUUGAACUGUCAAGAAGAAUUAAACGAGUGUCUGUUGUUACUAUAUCUGGUCGUCAUUGCCAAGCUAUUACAAUCAGAUCAAAUAAGAACUUUAGGCGAUUAUAAAUCCAAGGCUUAAAAACAAAGGUGCCCAUGUAUGCCGAUGACUCAAGUUUUAUAUUGAGUCCACAAGCUUGAUCCCUGCAAUGUCUCAUUGAAGAUCUAGAUAACUUUUCUGGCCUGUCUGGACUAAAACCCAAUUAUGAUAAGUGUACCAUAUUAUGUAUUGGAUCUUUAAAAGACACAACUUGUACGUUAACCUGCAGUUGACCUACAACACAACAUCGGCUGAUAGUGAUGUAGAUAUACUUGGUGUUCAUAUCACAAUAUAUGUAAAGGAGCUCUCCUCCAUGAAUUUCAAUAGAAAAUGUGUAAAAAUUGACAAGCUCCUGCAACCAUGGAGAGGUAAAUACCUGUCUAUUUAGGUAACAAAUGACACUGACAAACUUGUUAGUCAUAUCUCAGUUUACUCACUUACUUAUGGUGCUGCUUACUCUUGAUGGCUUGUUUUAUAAAAUCAUAUGAGGAGAAAAUAUUUUGCUCUAUCUGUGACGCUAAACCAGACAAGAUAAAGCUUGCCUAUCUAUAUAUUGAAUUUGAACUGGGAGGGCUGAGAUUAUUAAAUAUUAAAGCAUUCAAUCUCUCAUUAAAAGCUUCAGUUUACAAAAGUUUUACUUAAACCCAAAAUGGUUCUCAAGUAGAUUAUUGGGGAUGGCAGGUGGUUAGUGUUGGGCCAGUAACUGAGGGAUCAAAUCCCUGAGCUGACAAAACAGUAAAGAUCUGUUCUGCCCCUGAACAAGGCAGUUAACCCACUGUUCCCUGGUAGGCCCUCAUUGUAAAUAAGAAUAGGUUCUUAACGGAUUUGCCUAGUUAAAUAAAGGUUAAAUAAAAAUUAAGAAAAGCUCAUCCCUUGAUUAAAAAUAGCCGCUUCUCAAUUAAAAAUUAAACCUUGUUCAAAGUAUCUCUUUUUAAAACAGGAAAUACAGAGCUGGUUACAAUUUCAAUGUCAUCCCCUGGAAAAGAUAGAGCAAAUAUUACAACACAAAUUAUGGUUGAACUCAAAUUUACUGGUUGAUAAAAGACCUGUAUUUUUGGAAAAGAAAAGUUUUAUUUGAUUUUAUAUAUAUUAUUGUACAUUGGAGCGGUAGAGUUAUGUCUUUCAUGGAGUUAUCGGAAAUGUGUGGGAAGGUCUGCUCAAUCCAAGAUUACAACCAAUUGAUUACAGCACUACACUAGAAUAUUUUUGGAAGCAAGUGGCAGUGGGAGGAGGUGGAUGGUUGAGCUUUGGGCCAGUGGCCUGAGAGAUCGCUAGUCCGGGUCCCCCGAGUCAACUGGCUGAAGGACCUGUCGAUCUGCCCUUGAGCGGUGCACUUGACCUGACGAGAGCGUCUGAUGAAUGACUAAACUGUCAUGUAAAUGUUGCCCGGCUUCAAUGCAGGUGGAAUGUAUGUUUUAAAAUUCUAUUAAAACAUCUAUUAAAAAAACACUGCCAAGGAUGGGGAAGCCCUCUUACCCCCGAUGUCAUACCCAUAUUGUCUGUAUGACCUUUAAUAUCUUUCUAUCGCUGUGGUUUACCCACAGGACCUUUAUUUUCCUCUCAAGGUGACCAUGUAAAUCUAUGUAGACUUUCACUGGUAACCACAGUGACUCAGACCUGUCUGGGCCUCUCCACCCUAGUCUCUUAUCUGCAGUCAGAGGAACUCGUUAUUUCACCCAGAGAAAAGAUAGUCACCACAGCUAGCCUAAUCACAGUGACUGACAGCUCUAUGGGUCUUUCUACUCUGCUGUGUUAUCUCCUACUUCACUGAUGAUGAUAUCUGUGGAUUGACAAUACCAAUGAAACUAUGAUGUCACCUUAAGCCAAUGCCAGACAUCCUCAAUUGAGGAGAGCGGCUGUGCUAUUUCUGCUGUGCUGUGAGAAUGAACAUGGUGGCACAGUCAUGCAUCAGAAAUUGCACCCUAUUCCCUAUAUAGUGCACUACAUUUGACCAACACCAAUUUGGGACGCAACCCACAUCUCUGGUUUAGAGCCAGGCUAUAUAAUUACUGUAGGCCUACUUCAUGCCUCCAUAGAAGGCAGACCUGGGUUUAAAUAGUAUUAGUAUAAUUUAAUAUAUUUUAUCUGUGCUUGAUUGAUCUUGCCUGGCUCAAUGGACUGAUAGAGUAGCCCCAAUACUGCAACGCUUCCCUAAACCCCUCCCAUCUGGCAUUCCAGGCAGGCCAGGGCAAACGCUCCUUACUAUUUUAGUUAUUUAGAAUCAUAUUUGAAACCACUACACGGACAUAUUAGUGAAUUAAUGUAAUCAUUCUAGACUUGGUUAUGGGGCCUGGGCAUGCAUGAGAGAUAAGCAAUUAUAUAGCAACUCUGAGGGCAAAUGAAAUUGGCGUAAACACAUCACAACAGAAACACAUGAACAUAGAACGACUGGCUGGUAACAGCUAGAGAUGGAAGGCUGGGAGAGGGGAGAAUUUAAUCAUCAUUUGUAAUGGAAAAAAAUAAUGAAUAAAACAUGUAAUUUAUUAGAGCAUACUAAUGGACACAUACAGUACAUGCAUAUGAUUUAAAGUACAUGAAAUGUAGAUGUAGUAUCAACUUCAGUGUGUACUCUUCAUAUGAGAUACAGUCAGACUCAUGGAGGAGAUGUGUGAGUGGAUCUAGUGCAAAUGAAAACAUCUAGUUCUGACAGGAAACCUGAUUUAAACAGCAGACACAACCAUCUCAUAGUCUGCUCCCCAAAUGGCACCCUAUUCCCUAUAUGGGCCCUGGUAGAAGUAGUGCCCCGUAAAAGGAAUAGGGUACCAUUGGAACACUGCCAUGUGUCCUGACCAGGUUCAUGAACCAUGCAAUGAUCAAAGUUAUAUAGGCGGCAGCUGUUCGGAUUCCUUUAUCAUUCAAAUUAUGCAAUUGGAAUUAGGUUAAGGUUAGGGUUAGUUUUUCAAAUCUAGGCCCAACAGAAAAUUCAACGAAGAAAGUAAAUCUAACCCACGAGAGCUGUCACCAUCUCCACAUAGCAUCAGAAGUGUGGCUGAGAUGGUAGUCUCUGAUAAGGUGUCAUGGAGAGAGACCUCAGAAACUCUACUUCACAUAGUGUAUUAUUAGUACGCUUCUCCUCGCACACUAGAGACGACUGAGAAACCCCACAGUUCUUCACUGGAAGGUGAAUUUUACACAGCUUGGGUGCAUCCCAAAUGGCACCCUAUUCCCUAUAUUUGUGCACUAGUUUUGACCAGGGACCAUAGGGUGCCAUUUCAGACACAGUCCCAGUGUGCAACUUGCCUGAUCUGUGAAGUGCUGAUGGUGGUUGGAGGAUGCCUAGAGUUAUUUCAUGGUAGAUUUGUCUAUUUGGCAGAUGUGCAAUAUGGUUUCGAGCAUGGUCAGAGUGCUUCAAGCAGGCUUGAGAGGCACAGCAAAAGUCUGUCUGUGCAACCAGAUAAAUAUAGUACCAUCUUAUCUUGGGGAGGCAGGUAACCUAGUGGUUAGAGCGUUGGGCCAGUAACCGAAAGGUUGCUGGAUCGAAUCCCAGAGCUGACAAGGUAAAACUCUGUCCUGCCCCUGAACAAGGCUGUUCCUAGGCCAUCAUUGUAAAAAAUUAUUUGUUCUUAACUGACCUUAAAUAAAGGUUCAAUAAAUUUAAAAAAAUAUAUUAAAAAAUCCCAUUGAGGACCAACACUUCCUUUUGUAGCCUCAAGGUGCAUCUCUGGGUCAUCUUCAAAACUCCUCCACAAAACAUUGUACAACCUAUAUUUACUUUUUUGCUCUUUUGCACACCAGUAUUUCUACUUCCACAUCAUCAUAUCUACCACUCCAGUGUUAAUUUGCUAAAUUGUAAUUACUUUGCUACUAUGGCCUAUUUAUUGCCUUACCUCCUUACUCCAUUUGUACACACUGUAUAGACUUUUUCUAUUGUGUUAUUGACUGUACAUGUGUUUAUGUGUAACUCUGUGUUGUUUGUGUCACACUGCUUUGCUUUAUCUUGAACAGGUCACAGUUGUAAAUGAGAACUUGUUCUCAACUGGCCUAACUGGUUAAAUAAAGGUGAAAUACAUGUUUUAAUUAAAAAAUAUAUAUGUUUAAACUACCUAUCAGAGCCUAUAUUUGAUGAAAGCACAGUCCAUAGCUUUGCCAGUGCAAGAUCGGGAUCACCAUGUGCACCAGCACUCUAAAAAGACAUCUGCUGGUCUAGAAUGAGAGAGCAGCAGUUCUUAACAUCUUUAAUAGGUUUUAUUUUCACAAGUCAAAAUGUUGUUAACAUACAUGGUCCUGGACACAACAACAUGAAACUAUCUAUCAUAAUCCUAGCCUAGAGGUUAGAGCGUUGGACAAGUAACCGAAAGGUUGCAAGAUCGAAUCCCCGAGCUGACAAGGUAACCCACCAUUCCUAGGCAGUCAUUGAAAAUAAGAAUGCGUUCUUAACUGACUUGCCUAGUUUAAUAAAUUUCAAAUAAAUAAAUAUAUGAACGAAUAUCAUCCCUGACCUGUGGUGGUGAUGAUGAUGAUACUGUGUUUUCCUAGAUCUCUCCGAAUCAGAGCCUGGUGUCUGGGCUGUUUCAGUGACAUCACGGUUUCUGUACGUCCUCUCACAACAACUUCCUGUUUGAUUGCCAUAAAAAGCAUUAAUGUUGCUGAUCUCUGCCAUUCUCACUUCACACAUUCUAAAGGGACUGAGAGAAACAGAGAGAAAGAGAGUAAUAGACAGAGAACCAGAGAUCACAGUAUGAAAAUAAUGAAGUCAGCUGUUGUUGUCAUUGUGUUUCUCAACAUGCUGCAUCGCUGUCUGAGCAACAACUUACGCACAGAGAUCCUGAAUGACUUGAGUAACCUCACUCCGGAGAACUUCACUUAUCCAAAGCAGUACCGAGUACCAGCAUCACAAAUGCGGGAGAAAGCAUGUGAGUGCCAGGGGAUGUUUGCCACUGGGCUGAAGCAUGUGGUCAACAAGGUGAAGGCCCGGACCGAGGAACACAAACCACUUCUGAACAGACUACAAAAGAACAUCCAGGCUCUGCCUCAGAAAUCUACCCCUAAGGAGGCCAGUAUCUGCCCCAUGAAGAGCAAGUCGCUGCUAACCCGUCCACCGAAUACUAUUGUUCUAAUGGCUUACAGAUAUUUCCUCAAGAACCUGAACGAAAAGGAAUGUUAGAGAGAUACUACCGUAGAGAUAAUUAGAUUAUCUCUAUAUAUUAUAGAAUGAUCUCUUCUGGUAAUAUGGCCCAUACAUACGCUGCAUCCCUCUUUGUGUAAUAUGACCCAUACAUACGCUGCAUCGCUCUUUGUGUAAUAUGACCCAUACAUACGCUGCAUCGCUCUUUGUGUAAUAUGACCCAUACAUACGCUGCAUCUCUCUUUGUGUAAUAUGACCCAUACAUACGCUGCAUCUCUCUUUGUGUAAUAUGACCCAUACAUACGCUGCAUCGCUCUUUGUGUAAUAUGACCCAUACAUACGCUGCAUCUCUCUUUGUGUAAUAUGACCCAUACAUACGCUGCAUCUCUCUUUGUGUAAUAUGACCCAUACAUACGCUGCAUCUCUCUUUGUGUAAUAUGACCCAUACAUACGCUGCAUCUCUCUUUGUGUAAUAUGACCCAUACAUACGCUGCAUCUCUCUUUGUGUAAUAUGACCCAUACAUACGCUGCAUCGCUCUUUGUGUAAUAUGACCCAUACAUACGCUGCAUCUCUCUUUGUGUAAUAUGACCCAUACAUACGCUGCAUCGCUCUUUGUGUAAUAUGACCCAUACAUACGCUGCAUCUCUCUUUGUGUAAUAUGACCCAUACAUACGCUGCAUCUCUCUUUGUGUAAUAUGACCCAUACAUACGCUGCAUCGCUCUUUGUGUAAUAUGACCCAUACAUACGCUGCAUCUCUCUUUGUGUAAUAUGACCCAUACAUACGCUGCAUCUCUCUUUGUGUAAUAUGACCCAUACAUACGCUGCAUCUCUCUUUGUGUAAUAUGACCCAUACAUACGCUGCAUCCCUCUAUACGGUAGAUAUACGGUACUAUGUACUUCUAUCAUGAAAAGCAUAAUUGUUCUCAAAUAAGAUCAUUUUAUAUUGAAAUACAGAAUGUUUCACAUGAAUGUACUAAUUUUAUACGUAUUGAUUAUGUAUUUAUUCUAUGCUGGUUGAAUGUGAAUGAAUCCUACAUUUUAUACUGUAAAGAACUUACAUCAGUGAUGUGCGAUCAACUGUAUUUUUCUUAUAGAAAAUAAAUCUAUA